CUCCAUGCUGAACUUCCCUUUGCUCUCCCUCACCGUUGAUGGUGGUUGCCGGAACUCUCGCCGAUGGACGGCACCGACGACGAUCCUUCCCUUUCCGAUAGAGAAGCGGAGGAGGACGAGAACGAGAACGAUGCCGCCGCUGAGGAGGAUCUCCUGUCGCGGUUUUCGCUUCUUGAUGCUCCUAUACUCUUCUUUGUUUGUUUUCACAAGGCUUUGCGCUCUGAACUUCACCAGCUUCGUCGCUUGGCGGAAACGGCGUCGUUACAGGAUUGCCGAGAAACAGUACUUAAGCUUCAGCGGAGAUUCCAGUUUCUGAAACUAGCUCAUAAGUAUCAUUGCGCUGCUGAAGAUGAGGUUAUCUUCUGCGCACUGGAUAUACAUGUGAAAAAUGUGGCAUGUACAUAUUCCCUUGAACAUAACAGCACCAAUGACCUCUUUGAUUCUAUCAUUCGCUUGUUGGAUGAGCUGAUGGGUCCAAAUGAGAAUAUUUCUAAGCUGUUGCAAGAACUUGUCCACUGCAUUGGCAUCUUGCAAACCUCCAUCUACCAGCAUAUGCUGAAAGAAGAAGAACAGGUUUUUCCUCUGUUGAUCCAGAAAUUAUCUACAGAAGUGCAGGCCUCACUUAUAUGGCAAUUCAUAUGUAGUGUACCUAUACUUUUGCUGGAGGAAGUUCUGCCAUGGAUGGUAUCCUUCCUUCCUGCAGACAAACAAGCAGAAGUUACUCAGUGUAUAAAUGAAAUUGCACCAAUGGAAAAAGCACUACAGGAGGUUUUGGUUUCUUGGCUUGGAAGCAAUAAACAAACUUUUAGUCAGACCAAUUUUCAGAGUGAAGAAUUUCAAAGUACUAAUGGAUUUCUACAUAUAGAAAGAUCAGCUGGGAUAAGUUUUUGCGAUAGGAACCCCAAUGAAAAUAUAAGUCAGAUGAAAGUGAAAGGACAAGAAAUAGAAGAUGGGCUUAACCAGGUUAAUGUGCUUCAUCUCUGGCAUAAUGCCAUCAAGAAAGAUUUGAAAGAAAUUCGGGAAGAACUUAAUCUACUAAGAAACUCCAGCUGUUUUCAGACUUUAGACUCAAUACUUGUCCAACUAAAAUUCUUUGCCGAUGUCCUCGUUUUCUACUGCAAUGCUCAGAAGAAAUUCCUUCAUCCUAUACUGAAUAAGCUUGCUUAUGAUCGGUUGUCCAAGUCCAUGGACCAAUUUUUCGGUGAAAGUCACAUUGAAUAUAUGCAUCAGUUGCUAUUUUAUAAUUCAGAAAGUGAGCCUUCAACCAAAUUUGUUGAGAAGCUUUGCGGAAAACUUGAAUCAUUUGUAUCAGGAGUCAACAGACAAUUUGCUUUUCAAGAAAUUGAGGUAUUUCCUGUCAUUGGAGAGAAGGGCAGAAAUGGAAUGCAAUCGAGGCUUCUAAGUUUGAGCCUGCAUAUGAUGCCACUUGGGCUGCUAAAAUGUGUCAUAACUUGGUUUUCAGUUCACUUGUCUGAGAAAGAAUCCAGGUCCAUUCUCUAUUGCAUAAAGAAAGGAAAUAAUUCCGUCUGUAAAGCUUUUGCACCACUGUUACACGAGUGGUUCCACAUUGGUUAUUCAGGUAAAACCUCUAUUGAAAAAUUUCGACAAGACUUGCAGCAAAUGUUCAAAAGUAGACACUCUUUUUUACCUGAGCAAAUGAAUGAAGCUUGUGGGUUUUCUUUCUUAAAUUCUGAUAAGCAGCCUCAUGAUACCUCUGGCAAGAGUUGUUUACCCAACUCCUCAUCUUCUGAAUCCAACAAUGUGAGCAAGUAUGAGACACCAUACUCCACAGGAAUUAAUCUGCAUAUAUUUUUCUCUGCCACUGCUGUGAAGUUAUAUCAGUAUCCUAGAUUCCAUGCAGAAGAUUGCUCUUCUACUUCCUUUCUUGAUGAUCCAAAACCAAUUGACCUUAUAUUUUUAUUUCACAAGGCUAUGAAGAAAGAUUUGGAUUACCUAGUUCUUGGCUCUGCUCAGUUAGAAGACAAUGAUGAGUUGCUGAUGGAUUUCCACAAACGGUACCACCUCAUAUGUUUUCUUCAUCAAAUCCAUAGUGAUGCAGAGGAUGAGAUAGUUUUCCCAGCUUUGGAGGCAACGGGUAAACUCAAAAACAUUAGCCAUGCCUACACCUUUGAUCACAAACACGAAGUUGAGCACUUCAAUAAAAUAUCUCGCAUCCUUGAUGAGAUGUCUGAAUUACACCUUUCGGUUUCUACUAUUGAUUCAAAGAUUAGACAGAAGAGAAUGCUGAGGAAUCAUCAUUUAUGCAGGAAGCUACAAGAAAGGUGCAAAUCAAUGCAUAAGUUACUUUCUGAUCAUAUAAACCGUGAGGAAAUAGAAAUUUGGUCUAUAAUCAGAAAAUUCUUCUCAAAUCAAGAGCAAGGGAAGAUCAUAGGAUGCAUGCUUGGAAGAAUAAGUGCAGAAAUAUUAAAAGAUAUGAUACCUUGGCUAAUGGCAUCUUUAACACAGGAAGAACAACAUGUUUUAAUGUUCUUAUGGACCAUGGCUACUAAAAAUACAAUGUUUGAUGAAUGGUUAGGUGAAUGGUGGCAUGGGUACAGUAUAGCUAAGGUAAAAGAGGGAUCAAAUGAUGCCCCUCUACAGACUGUUGAGCCCCUGGAGAUUAUAUCAAAAUAUUUAUCUGAAGAGGUUCUAGAUGAAUUAAAGGAGGGAUCCUCUGCCAGCAGAAGCAUAAAUUUUUUGCAGAUGGAUCAUGUUGGUGAUAAUGUUGAGCUGUCCAACCACAAUUUUGAUGAUGACAAUAAGGUUCAUUGUGCAGAACAUAAUAAUGAUCAAUGUUCAAAAUGCACAAAUCAAUUUCAUGAUAAUGACAAACAUGCCCGCAACGAAGUGACAGGUAUCACAAAUCCAAUAUGCAAAGAAGUUGAGUCUUUUCAAUUAGGUGACAAGUCUGGGCAUUAUGACCGACUUCUGAAAUUGAGUCAACAUGAGCUGGAAGUGGUGAUAAGAAGGGUAUCUAGUGACUCUUGCCUAGAUCCUCAGAAAAAGCCAUACAUAAUACAGACAUUACAAAUGAGCCGUUGGAUUAUUAGCCAACAGAUCUCUUCUACAGAAUUCUAUAUCAAAAGCGAGGGACAGGAAUUUCCUGGGAAGCAUCCAUCUUACAGGGACCCUCUCAAACUAAUCCAUGGUUGCAAACACUACAAGAGAAACUGUAAGCUUUUAGCUCCCUGCUGCAACCAACUUCAUACUUGCAUACAUUGCCAUAAUGAGGUAUCAGAUCAUUCAAUCGACAGAAAAUCUAUUACAAAGAUGAUGUGUAUGAAGUGCUUGAUGAUUCAACCAAUUAGUGCUACAUGCUCAACAGUUUCUUGUGGUAAUUUGUCCAUGGCGAAAUAUUACUGCAGGAUAUGCAAAUUGUUUGAUGAUGAAAGGCAAAUUUACCACUGUCCCUAUUGCAACCUGUGCCGAGUUGGAAAGGGUUUGGGUGUAGAAUACUUUCACUGUAUGAAUUGCAAUGCUUGCAUGGGUCGUACUCUUAUGAUUCAUACAUGCAGGGAGAAAUCUUUAGAGGAUAACUGUCCAAUUUGUCAUGAAUAUAUCUUCACAUCCUGCUCUCCAGUAAAAGCCCUCCCAUGUGGUCAUGUGAUGCACUCAACAUGUUUUCAGGAAUAUACCUGCUUCAACUAUACCUGCCCAAUAUGUAGCAAGUCACUUGGAAACAUGCAGGUAUAUUUUGAGAUGUUAGAUGCAUUAGUGGCUGAAGAGAAAAUUUCUGAUGAGCUUUCUGGUCAAACUCAGGUUAUAUUAUGUAAUGACUGUGAAAAGAAAGGAGCAGCCGUCUUUCACUGGCUUUACCACAAAUGCCCUUCUUGUGGUUCGUAUAACACCAGAGUUCUUUGAUUCUUCCAUUGAGCGGAGAUAUUUGCUUCUCCCUAGCUUCUUUGUAUUUUGACAUUAGAUUGUAUCCUAUUAUUUAAUGUUUAAUGUUUAAUGUUUAUCUCGGUGGCUUAUGCCAAAAUAAUCAUUUUAAUGUAAAAUGAUUACAUUGAUGCCUAUGGCAUUUAAUUGAUUUUAAUUCUUCUCUUGUUGUGAGAGUUACCAUAGCUGAAAACCAAGCAAUAUUAUUCAGGACAACUUCCUAUUUGUACA